UAGCAGCUUACCCGAUAUUGGAUAGGUGUCGGCGUAACCACGAGCAUCGUCUUAUCCUACUUCGUUUCCCUAUGCCACCGCGGCAACUUCAGGGCCAUGGUAUGAUAUGAUAAUAACAGUAUAGGGGCGUUGGGGGUAUUCUACCACCGUUCCACGUCUUCGAAAAUAGGGACGUGGAGAGACAAAUCUUUUUUUGCAUCAGCUUGUCAGUCACAAGGUUUCAUUCAUUCGCCCAUGCCUCUUCCUUCGCGUCCACUGCAACAGACCGAGCACAGCCCCUGAAAAGCCGCGACUACACCUCGACUAUGUCGGGAACCGGAUUGUGACGAAAUUCGACUUGUGCCUAUAGGGAUCCCUUUGACUUGGGCAGAUGUUACGUGUCCAUGGAGGGUCGUGGCCUAUCCUCGUGCCCCUGACUCUUGGCCUGACGGGGCAGAUCCUGCUCGUCGCUUUCGAGGGGCGGCCCUUCGUUGCCGAGCCAGUCAUGCCACUUUGGCUACCGGGCAGCGGUGGGCGUGAAUAUCGACGCGUUUCUCAGGCCUAUGGCUAUUCGCUGGCCAUUUGCCUUCUUCCCGGCCUGCUCCUCCCCCCGCCGUUCGAUUUAACAUGCCAGCCAGCUCCCGAAGUGGAUUUUCUCAUGUUCAAUCAUAUGGUUAUGCCCGGAUCGGCCAUAACCUUGAUAGUGUUUUCCAGAUGGGGCCGGUUCAAGCCCUCCUAUUCCCAUAGCCGCCUCCUACUCGGCCUAGGGUAUAUGAGUGUUCAACGUGAUGGGUCGCCGUACGAGCAAGGCGGAGUGGGUCUAGAUACAGAUCGUACCGGCGGUAGCAGGCGCUACAAUCCUCUCUAGCACACCCCUCCCGGGUCUACAGGCUUCGUUUGCAGAAGCGGCCCAGGUCGCUGCCAUAGCCAGCUUGGGGUGGUAUCCGCGGCUGGGGAAGGAUCGGCGGCGUAGCCAUUUCUUCCUGCGGCCAUACUCGACAGAUUCGCGGCCUGGGAUGCGUCGAUAAUCGACGGUGUCGCCGGUGGGAGAGCUAGAGCGUUGCCAACGUCGGGACCGUGGUAAUUACGCCAGCGAAACGAAGGCAGGGCUCUUGACAGGCGCCAGGGUGGGGGGAGAUGCCAUCCCUGACCGACCACGGUGCCGGUUCGCUGGGCACGUUUUCGCGAUACUCGGGGCCGAAUUCGGUGUUAAAGACUCUCGAACCGGCCCUAUGCCUGCUAAUAAUAACAUCGCGUAGGUAGGUGGCAUUGGCGGCGGGCGAGCGAAUCCACGUCUAAGACAAGUCGGGUAUGGGCAGUGAUGGACGUGGGUAUUUUCCCUAAGAGGCAGCAGAAAUUG